AUGUCGAAAAACUAUUGUGCCGAACAGGUUUGUUUAUUCUAAAGUGCAAAUAGUUUUAGUAUGAAGAUGCCUUUAAGCCACGAACCCUCCAGUGGUUUGGACCAACUAAGGAUUUACCAGACGUGAGUCUAUCAUGUUGGCUAAUAUUUAAAUAUUAUAAUAUGUAAAUCAUAUAUAUGUAAAUAUGCAAUCAAAUUCUGCCAAAUCAGAAAAAUUAACAAAAACACUGAAGGAAUAUCACAGAGAAAUUACUGCAUGCUUAUAAAUAUAGGUAAUUUGUCUGCGAUAUUCUUUUAGUUUGUUCAUUAAUUUUUUUAAUUCGAUAGAAUUUUAUUGCAUAGUUUAGCUCCAUAUACUGUGUUAGGGUCGCAAUCGUACCCACGCGCUAGUUUUGCGAAUUCCGUUGACUAAUUUUGAGUUAUGUCUGCUUCGCGUGAUUGAAUCUGAAUCCUCGUUAAUAUGCCCGCUCGUCUUUUGAUAGUCAAUCUAUCAUUACGGGCGCCAUGUAGGUAAAAAUAUACGCUGUUGGGCAGUAGUGAACCCGUCAGCAAAUUCUUACAGUCGAAUCACAUUUGGAAAUAUAAAAAGGUCGCUUGAACAUCUGUACUGCAGAACUGACGAGUCGCUCUACACCUUUACCAUGGUAAACGCUAAGGGAAAUAAAGUGCCCAUCAUUCAUCUAGCUGCCGAGUUACGAGUGUUCCGAUAAAAAAUACGUUAAUUUCUUUGCCUUGAAGUGCGUCUUUUGCUGACUUCUAAGCAGUUUUUAAUGACUGUAGUUUUGGUUGACAGUUACCUACCUUCCCGAUAUCUGUGUUCGAUGUCAUCCCUACCAAAACAUGGCUCCGGGGGCAAUACGGGGCUAGAUGGGACUAGGCCCCGUCCAAAUUUUGGUGAAUUUUCAUCCUUUCUGAUGAUGUCAGUCUGCAUUAUAUCGGACAAAUUUUUACUGUCUUAUCGUUAAAUAUAUGCUUUUUGGCCUGUAUAAUGCGUUUCCAGGGGAAUAAAAUCGAGAGAAAUUAAUUUUUCCCUAAGGCAAAUAUUGGCCUUCUUUAAGUUAAGAAGUAUAUAGUUCUCGUGCUAGUUAUCUAGCAUUUCGACUUCAGGCGGUUUUGCUGUACUACGUGCACACUGUCGAUAUUUAUGCCUCCAUAAUCUCGUCGUUUGACAUGUAAUACACCGAUGUAGCCUGAAAAUGUUGCUUUGUUUUGGCCCGGUUCACAGGAAAAUUGGCACGACAUCAAGUUGCACGGCACUAGCAGUCACUGCACUCACAAUAGACAACUCUACGUUCGCCGUACCUGAGAUAAUCUUAAGACAGUAGGCAGAUGAGGAAUCGAUAUAGGCUGAUGGGACUUGAGUUGCCAUUUCUGACUUAUGUAUCGUUGUCGGCCAAACACGUCUCAACAUCAGCUUUAGCAUAGAUACUGGUCUAGGUUCUCCGGCAGAUCUUUGAAUGCCCUCCUCAUACCUUUUAUAUUUCCAGUUUCAGCCGACGGGAUACCAAACCCACGGCCUAGUUGUAGGACUUUUGGCCUAGUGUUCGGUGACCAAAGUGCCAGGGUUCAAGCCCCGAUUUAGCUACACCUGGUUACCGAGCCAAAAAAUGACCACCACAAUCCAUUCACGUCUUAACUGAUGUUCCCCUUGGAUUGAGAUAUGACCUCUUUUGGUCUUUUUCUGCCAGCAUGCGAAGCACCGUACAGCACCCUCCAGGUUCAUCGCCAAUGACCGCGGACACCUAAACGAGCGACAGGAUAGGCAUCCGGGCAGAAAUCCAUUCGGCAACUUUGUGGGUAAUUGGGAUACACCUUGUCAUCAUCCCGGCAACCACGUGGACAAUGUUAUCAAUCGAUCCAAGCCGGGCAUUCAGUAUCUGCAGAAACAACGAGACCUCUACAAUGCUGCAAUUAGUGCAAAUGAAGCUAAAAACGAUAGGGUCACAGCGGCAGCCGUAAGAAACCUCCUUUCUCUCUACUUGACUGUUCAUUUCCCUGUGGAUCCAACCAUCAUAUUCGGUUUCUUUCAGUUGUGAUCACUUUAUUAACGAGAGUAAACUCACUCUCUUUUAACUCUAAGGAGGCAAUGAAGUCUAAUUGACCUGAUCUUCCAUGGUCAUUCUACAAACUUGAAAUUAUGGGAAUUAAAUCUUGCUAAAAGUUCCAUAAUUUAUGCCCUAGGCUUAAUUGAUUAAAUUGAUAACAUUUGCUGUUCAACAGGUUGCUUUUUGCGUAAUCGAGUGCUGUAUGUGCAUAAAACUAGAUUCUUUGAUUUUUCAGGUAGUCUGUUUUCAAAACUCACAGAAAAGUUGCACUAGUAUAGGACUUUCGGGCUCGUUUACCUUCCUAUCAUGCUCUUUUCCUCAUGCAAAUCUGAGUCGGCCUCAUAAAUACAUAGAUUUGUCAACCCUCCGACGAAUUUAUUUGUCAGUUUCGUGAUAGGAAUAAACUUAAGACCAAUCUCUCCGGAAUUUUAGAUAAGCUCUCCUUGUUUUGACGAUUUAUUAUAACCUCGGAAUUUUAUUUUGGAACUCGUUCAGUCUGUCUCACACAUUUUAGCCAAAUUCGAACUAGUUGAGAAGUGCGUAAAGUUUCGAUUAUUCUUUCAAACUGUAACAGACUGUAUAAUUUUUCAAAGAAAAAAAUUUAACCAAAUCUUGAUGCAUGGCUAGCCUCAUUUAAAUUCUCUCCGUAGCCCCAGUUCCCAGCCGUAAAGCCGAUCUAUUUUUUCCGUUGCAGUUGAAAAAGGAGGCCGGCAUAAGCUGA